GAUAGUUCAACAAAUACAAAAGUUAAAUUAAUUUUGAUGGAACCGUGGCCAAUAAUAAUAAAAUAAAACCAAUCCAGACAUAAAAGAGUUGAAAUCAUUUCAAUAAAAACGUGGUCACCAAUAAUCAAAGUAAGUGAAUGAAAAGAUGAAUAACGUGUUGAAUUGUCCCAUGACAAGUUGGCGCAGAGAGUUGGCCGUAGCGAGUUGUCCUAGACCAGGGGUCUUCAAACUUGGCCCUUUUAUGACUUGUGGACUUCAACUCCCAGAAUUCCCAGAAUUCCUCAGCCAGCGUGGCAGUUGAAGUCCACAAGUCAUAAAAGGGCCAAGUUUGAAGACCCCUGUCCUCGACCCUCAUUGCUUUGGGAUCUUCAGAACGGAGAAAACGCAAAUGGGAACUGAAAAACUAAAUUGCUUUUAUUUUGUAAAUCUACCCUUGUUUCUAGGCCAUCCAAACACACCUCUCCAGGAAUUCGUCCUCUGUCUGUCGCUGGGCUAUUUCAUCUUUGACUUCUGCUGGUGUGUCCUUUUCGAAGGCGAGACCGAUCUGAUGCUGACUCACCACCUGCUCAGCAUGAGCGGCAUGUCGCUGGUCUUGGAUACCGGCAAGUCGGGCCCUGAGAUCAGUGCCAUCAUCUUCGUGAGCGAGAUCACCAACCCAUUUUUGCAAAUGCGCUGGUUCCUACGAGACAGCGGAAGCUACCACAGCCUGGCUGGAGAUGUGGUGGAUAUCCUGUUUGUGACUCUCUUCCUGGGGCUGCGGAUUGUCGGGGGUGCAUGGAUUAUUCGUUCCGUGAUGAAGUCUCCCCAGACGUUUGGGACACUCAAGGGUGGAAUCCUCGGUAUGUAUACUGUAUCCUUAAUGUUUUUGCUGGAGAUCUUCACGUUUGCCAAGAAGAAAAUCCUCAAGAAAUUCCAGGCUUGGAAAAGUGAAAGAACCCAAGAAGAUCACACCAAGUGUAACAGGCUUCUUCCUAACUUGGGUAUCCAGGGGCCUGUGGAACCCAACUUGCAAGGAGCAAACUGAUCUUGCUGAGCUUGGACCUACUUGCCAUGCCAGAUCUGGAUUCAUGAUCCAGCUCUAGACCCACAUCUGGAAUUCAAGAUGAUGUUCUUCCAGAAGAAAGAAACAUAACGGGAGAAAUGGCCUGUGAACAGAUAUUUGCAAGAGGAAGAGGUUUAAUUCUCAAAUCAGCCAAUCCAAUCAAAGGCCACCUGCCCAUGGGGGCAGCUAAGAUGGAUUACAGUGAAGUAUGGAUCUGAAGCAAGAAGAGUUGGGUCAUUCUGCUUUGGUGACCAAGCUAGGGGGGACAGUCAAAGUCCCACCUGGUUUAGAGGAUCACUGCAGCUAACUCGGGUGGUAAAGAAGAGACGAUUGUUUUGUUAGUCAAGGACAGGAUAUAAGAUAUAAAAGGUGCUUUUGUUUUUCAAAUGCAACUGGACUUUCUACUUUUUGUCCUUGAAAAUAUUUUGCUUCUCAUCCAAGAAGCUUCUUCAGUUCUGACUGAAUGGUGGAGAAUGGAAGGGUUUAUAUUCCUUGGUCUUAGCAUUCCGAAGGUUGGUCAUUCGCUCUCUGAGAAUUGUUGAGGCCACUGGCAGGAUUAAUCUGUACUUUCAAGAGUGCAAAUGGAUGUGAAAACUUCACUUAGCCAAAGGACUGUGUUGUAAACAGGAGACAGGUGGUGUCGUGCCCCUCCCUCCCCCUCUGUUGAGAGAGGGCUGCUCAAUUUUAACAUGGAUGGCCUCCCUGACCCUUCUUUCAAACCAGUGGUCCUCUCUGUCCAGAAUGUGGAUUUGCUCCAGAAUGUGAGAAUCUCCAUAGACAGAUUGCUGGUAGUGUUAUCUUCCCUGGCUAAACUAGAGGCUGGGUACCUACUAAUCACAGGCCAUUAAUUUGGGGUAAAUCUAUACAAGGUUUGUGCCUCCAGAGCAGUGGUUCUCAACCUGUGGGUCGGGACCCCAUUUGGGGUCGAAUGACCCUUUCACGGGGGUCGCCAAACAACGCAGUCCACCA